GCUGCUGCAAGUAGCGCUGUUCUGUGAGUGUCCCCCCCGCCCCCGGUGUGACACACGACUUCCGGUUCCGGCCCCAUUGUUGCGAAGCGAUGGCGGCGCGGGCUGGCUUCCAAUCGGUGACUCCCGGGGGAUCCGGGCCUGCGCCCGCUGUGAUGGGCCCCGGGACACCCGGACCUGCUGUGAGGAUGGGCCCCGCCCCGGGGCAGGGCAUGUACCGGUCACCGAUGCCAGGAGCCGCUUACCCGCGACCCGGGAUGCUUCCAGGCAGUCGGAUGACUCCUCAGGGACCAGCCAUGGGACCUCCAGGUUAUGGUGGAAGCCCAGCUGCUCGACCAGGGAUGGCUCAGUCAGGUAUGGACCAGUCCCGGAAACGCCCUGCACCUCAGCAAAUACAGCAAGUUCAGCAACAGGCAGCUCAAAAUAGGAACCACAGUGCUAAAAAGAAGAAGAUGGCUGAUAAGAUUCUACCUCAGAGGAUUCGGGAGCUAGUACCUGAAUCUCAGGCUUACAUGGAUUUAUUGGCUUUUGAGAGGAAAUUGGACCAGACAAUUAUGAGAAAACGGCUUGAUAUUCAAGAGGCCUUGAAAAGACCGAUCAAGCAAAAAAGGAAACUCCGCAUUUUCAUUUCUAACACAUUUAACCCGGCAAAGUCUGAUAUGGAGGACGGCGAGGGAACAGUGGCUUCUUGGGAGCUGCGUGUAGAAGGUCGCCUUCUGGAGGAUGCAACUUUAUCCAAAUAUGAUGUUUCCAAACAGAAGAGAAAAUUCUCAUCAUUUUUUAAGUCUUUGGUCAUUGAGUUAGACAAGGAUCUGUAUGGGCCAGAUAAUCAUUUGGUGGAGUGGCACAGAACACCAACCACUCAGGAGACAGACGGGUUUCAGGUCAAACGUCCAGGAGACGUCAAUGUACGCUGCACUGUGUUGCUGAUGCUUGAUUAUCAGCCACCUCAGUUUAAGCUUGAUCCCCGGUUGGCUCGUCUUCUUGGAAUCCACACACAGACUCGUCCAGUCAUCAUUCAAGCUCUAUGGCAGUACAUUAAAACACACAAACUUCAGGACCCUCAUGAGCGGGAGUUCAUAGUCUGUGACAAAUACCUCCAGCAGAUUUUUGAAUCUCAGAGGAUGAAGUUUUCCGAGCUUCCUCAAAGACUACAUGCCCUUCUCAUGCCUCCAGAGCCCAUCAUAAUUAAUCAUGUCAUUAGUGUGGAUCCUAAUGACCAGAAAAAGACAGCAUGUUAUGAUAUUGAUGUUGAAGUGGAUGACACCCUCAAGACUCAGAUGAACUCUUUCCUGCUUUCCACUUCCAGUCAACAAGAGAUUGCAGCUCUAGAUAAUAAGAUUCAUGAGACGAUUGAAACAAUUAAUCAGCUCAAGAUUCAGAGGGAGUUCAUGUUGAGCUUCGCCCGUGACCCUCAAGGUUUUAUUAAUGACUGGCUACAGUCUCAGUGCCGUGACCUCAAGACUAUGACGGAUGUUGUUGGAAAUCCAGAAGAGGAGCGCAGAGCAGAAUUCUAUUUCCAGCCCUGGGCUCAGGAAGCUGUCUGUCGAUACUUCUACUCCAAGGUGCAGCAAAGACGCCAGGAAUUGGAACAAGCCCUGGGGAUCAGAAAUACAUAAAGGGACGCUGGCACAUGGGAAGCUGCCUAUUGGAUGUAUGGAACUGAGCGCUUCUCUUGGCCACAAUUUUCAACAUCUUUUUUGAGGCUUUAGGAUGCUGCUAUCAAGUAUAUCAGAACUCUGAGGCCUCUGCCACCAAAUGACUGACAAGUGGAAUAAGGACACACUAAUAUUUAUACUGGUACCAGAUGAAAACUUGAGAAAGCCACCAGAUGUUUUGAGGGUUAAACUAUUAAAGUUGACGGAUCAAUUACUUUCGGUUUCCUUGCCACCUUAAGUGUUUUUUUUUUAUUUUGUAUUUCUCUUAGGCCUCAUUCACACUGACAUUGCCAAACUGCGCUUAGAGGACAUUUUCAAAUGCAUUUAAUGAUUUUAGUGUGCUAUUCACACCGAUCUUGCCUGCAUUUAGGUGUGGGCAGUUUAGCUGUGAUUAAAAAAAGUCAUCGUGUGUGUCAAGGAUCCAAUUAGACACUUAAAUGUGAAUCAAUUCAUGUAAAGGUGGCUAAAGCAGUAGCAUUUAAAUGCAGGAAAAACGGAUCUGGAGGGAAUAAAACAUAUUUUUUUUUUUUUUUUUUUGUAUUUCCUGGAUUAUUUCUUCUGUGUGUAGAAAAGCUAAACAUGAGUGCCCUAGGACCUCAUUCACACUGGCAAUGUCAGACUUUCAGAGGACAUUUCUAAAUGCCUAGAAACUUGUGCAUUUUUCAAGGAUGUCAUUCACAUUGUGUGUUUUACCUGCCGUUGGUUUCAGUCAGUCUAGCUGUGUUUAGAAAAAAUAGAAUUCUGUGCAUCCAGGAUCUGAUUAUAAACUAAACACGAGCAAACUUUUCUGCUUAAAGAGGAACUACACUCAGAACCACAAACCAAAAGUGCUAUUGAAUUCAUUUUUAAUAUUAAGACCCCUUUCACACUGAACCACUCAUAGUGUCAGCGUUAAAACUCCGCUAAUUUUACCGCCGACGCUAUGGGCGGAUUUGCGGCGCAUUUUUGGCUGCUGUCGGGGUGGUUUUUCCCCCACUAGCAGCUGAGAAAGGGUUAAAACCGCCCGCAGUGCACUGCUGAUUCAACGCAUUGCCAGCGACAUAGCCGCACUGUCCCAGCAGCUGUGAAAGAGCGGUAAACACACCGCUCCAAAGAUGCGGCUAGCAGGACUUAUUUUACAGUCCUGCUAGCGCAAGGCUCCAGUGUGACAGCUGUUGGGGCGGAUUGCAGGCUAUAGCAUCUGCAAUACGCUCCAGUGCGAAAGGGGUCUAAAGGCAAACUCCCCCCAUCCAUCCAUGUCUCUAUGCUUUAUUUUGCAGAGAAAUCAUUUAGUAUAACUCCCCUGUGGCCAGAAGGGCAGAUGAUUCAUGUAACAUUUACUUUCUGUAAUCUAUUUACCCUUCAUUCGGUCAUGCAGACAGGAGGUUGAACUUAGUUAAGAACCCCCCCCCCCCCUUCCUCCUGAAGAUUCCCAGGAUGUAUGACAUAAUUUGCCUAGGCAAGAAACUAGGAAGCAACUGAGGAAAUGUGAAAAAAAGUUUAGAACAAGUACCCAGGAUGUACUGUCUUAUCUAUUUACUGAUGCUAGCAGCAUAAGGAUUUAAAAUGGUCAAUGUUGGUUAAGAGACUGAAGUUCCACUUUAAGGCUCAGUUCACACUGGUGUGAUGCGAGAACCCGUGCGAAUCCAUCAUGGGUUCCCGCAUUGCACCCGGCUCGCAGUCAGUUAUCAAUGCCCUGUGCGAACCGCUGUGGGUGUCAAUACAAAGUAAAUGUCCCCCCCAGAUUGGUUCACAUAUGGCAGUGCGAACUGUCAGUUCGGACAUGAAUCGGAUCGCAUGCCAUCCGAUUCUGUUGCGGACCAAAAAAAAGGUUCCUGCAUAACUGGUCCGAAUACGAUGUGGAUUCAGCCAUACAAUCGGGCUAAAUUCGCAUUGCACAGACAUCGCAUUUUGAUUGCAUGCCAUCUCGGACAGCGCACCAGUGUGAUCCCGAGCCUAAGGCCUCGUUCAGUUAGCUUUUGUAAACGCAGGAGAUAUUUUCGGGAAGUAAUAAAUAUUUAUGCCUCCCAGAUCACCUUUUCCCGGUUUUAUAUAAUCCUGCUUUACAACAGGUUUAUAUGGGUUCAGUGUGUUUAAUCGGAUUCUGGAGGCACAAAAACCUAUUUUCUCGACAUGCAGCUGAACUGAUUGCACAUGUGUGAAUGGCACCAUUGCAAAAUAAAUUGAUGCUUUUAUAGGUGUUUAGAAAUGUCCUCCCAAUGCAGAUUUGACAGUACCAGUGUGAAUGAGGCCUUAAUGAGGAACAUCUAAACGCAGGAAAAAGUGAUCUGCGAAGCAAACAUUUUCUAUACUUCUCAGAUCACAUUUCCUGCAUUUUUAAAAUCUUUAAACACAGAAGUGUCAGUGUGAAUGAGGCUUUAAUGCUUAACUUGCAAGUGCGAGGUGUUCGGCCACCCUUCCGUCACCUACACUUAGUGUGUGUGCUCCAAAUUGAUUGGCCUAUUUAAAAUAGUUUUUCAUGUCUAUGUAGGUUUACUGUAAUCUUUUAGAUUGCAUGGAUCACACAUUAGAGGUGGUCAGUGCAUUUUCAAAUAAUAAAAUUGCAGCCUGUCGUUUCGCUAGUGACACUCUGGGCUUGACUUGGGUAGGAGGAGCAAUUGCUUGCUAAAUUCCGACACCCAUCCAAUCAGACUUCAUCAGUUUUGUUGAAAUGAUUUCUGAUUGGUCACUGUGCACUCAAAGGCUACAUACAAACUAUUUAGGGGCUGUGCAUGUCGGUUCUAAAUCUCUGAAGACCAAUUUUUGAAGCAGGUUGUGACGUUGCUGAUAUUUCUCACCUGUAAUACUAUAUAUGCAGUUUACUGAUUGCAGUCUGUGUUUUUUUGAGCUGACGUUCUGUUUCAUGCCUUGGCAUGUUGCGUGGAUUGACCAGAGGCCUUUGGCUAUUCGUUUCCCAGAGUCCAUUGCACUCCUGCAUGGAUUUAUUCGUGUUGUUGCUUCUUUCAGUUACUGUUAUGAUUGACAGCUCAGCUCUUUCACUUUGCAUCAAAAAAUGGUCUUCAUUUAAAGCCAGCCUUUCACACCAGCUGCCUGCUGCCCAGAUUAGCUAAAGAUAAAACUAUCAACAAAGAUUUCCGAAGAAUCGUAAUACAAAAAAAAUACUUUCCUGGAUGUCUUCUGGAAGGUGCGGCUGACAUCACUGGCCCUCCCUGCUGCCUCCUGUCAACAUGGAAUCCUGCGAAGGUGCAUUUAUUCUAUGGACUGGGUGCAUUCUUGCUUUAUUUUGAGUGCCCAGAUAUCCCAGUGGUAAGGAAGAGCAAUUUCACCUAUGCAUCCUGGACGCUGCAACCAUUGAGAGUUUUUACUCCCUUUUUUUUUUUUUUUUCCACUGCCAAGUUUGUUUGGGUGACGGGAUGCAUUUUUUUUUUUUUUUGUGGAAGAUUGGCUUAAACAUACAGUGAAUGUAGGCCUUUAUAAAGAGCUAGAUGCACUCUCAACACCGUUUUUGUAUGUAGCCUUCUCAUUUAACGAAAGAUCCCUGGGAUUGUUGCCUCUGUGAGUGUCUAGUGGAUUGACGGCUGAGUUAUUCAGUCCUACAAAAGGCCCCAUUGUUAUGUACAGGUAGUCGGUACACCUAUCUAGCCUCUUUAUUACAGAUAUAGUAGAAGCACUGAUGAACUUGAUUUCAGGACUGCCAUGUAAAGGAUUCUGUAAACCUGUGCUGUCUAACACAGGUUGGAAAAAUCUAUUAUAUGAUAAACUUUUUUUUAUAUAUAUAUUCAAAGUGGAAAAGGUUACACGGUUAUGGACUAUGGAAGUGGUCAGUAGAUUUCAAUGAUGAAGGACUCUGGUUUAUGCAGCAGUGUGUACAAUAAUAAAUAUUUAUACAGCAUUUGCAGUCUGCAGAAUGGGCUCUUGAUAUGCUGCUUUGCUUUCUGGGGUGUUAUCCUUAGAAGCUCUCCAAUCUCUCACUGAAUGUGCCCGCGAGCACCUCUAUUCUCAUGAAAUAUGUAGCCUUUUUUAUUUUUAAAUGGAUUAUGGUUUUGAUGGACCAAAAUAUUGUUUUGUAUCUUGUAGUCAUUGCCAAGUUUUAAUAAAAGCAACUUCUCACUAAAUGAA